UGUAUUUUCUUUCACUCCGUAUAACUGUCAGCGUCACUUCCCUUUCGUUAACGUUAUUCCAGACGUGGGUGUUUCAAGAGGAAACAAAAUGGUAACUCAAGCAUGGCGUCUUCGCCUGUCGCCAGAAAAACAGGACACUUUGUUAAAAAUGACAAUUCUCACAAUUGCUGCAGUCUUGUCGUUUUCCACACGACUCUUCUCUGUACUGAGGUUUGAGAGCGUGAUCCACGAGUUUGAUCCUUACUUCAACUUUAGGACCACGAAGUACUUAGCAGAAGAAGGGUUUUAUAAUUUCCAUAAUUGGUUUGAUGACAGAGCAUGGUACCCUCUUGGUCGUAUCAUUGGUGGAACCAUCUAUCCUGGUUUGAUGGUCACCUCUGCUCUGUUGUACAAUUUAUUGCAUAUGCUCAACAUCACCAUUGACAUUAGGAAUGUCUGUGUGUUUUUGGCUCCCCUCUUUUCCAGUCUCACAACACUCAUCACUUAUCAACUGACAAAAGAACUUAAGGAUGCUGGUGCUGGUUUAAUAGCAGCUUCCUUAAUCUCUAUUGUUCCUGGUUACAUUUCAAGAUCUGUGGCAGGCUCUUAUGAUAAUGAAGGAAUUGCCAUUUUCUGUAUGUUACUCACUUAUACCAUGUGGAUCAAGGCUGUGAAAACUGGAUCUCUCUUUUGGGGCUCAAUGUGUGCCCUGGCUUACUUUUAUAUGGUCUCUUCAUGGGGUGGCUAUGUUUUCUUAAUCAACUUGAUCCCACUUCAUGUAAUUGCCCUGAUGAUCACUGGACGCUUCUCCCAUCGUAUCUAUGUGGCUUACUCAACGGUGUACUGCCUUGGCACUGUCCUCUCCAUGCAGAUCUCUUUUGUCGGUUUCCAGCCUGUUCAAUCAAGUGAACACAUGGCAGCCUUUGGUGUCUUUGGACUCUGCCAGAUCCAUGCCCUUGUUGAUUAUGUCCGCUCAAAGCUAAACAAGGAACAGUUCCAGCUGUUAUUCCGCACUAUGGUGAUGUUGGCUGGUGGUGGAUUCACUGUCAUUGGUGUGAUUCUUACUGUUACUGGAAAAAUAUCUCCAUGGACUGGGCGUUUCUAUGCACUGUUGGAUCCUUCUUAUGCCAAAAACAACAUUCCUAUUAUUGCAUCUGUCUCAGAACAUCAGCCUACAACAUGGAGUUCAUUCUAUUUUGAUUUACAAAUGUUGGUAUUCUUGUUCCCAGCUGGUCUUUAUUUCUGUUUCUCCCGCCUGACUGAUGCAAAUAUUUUCAUCAUCAUGUAUGGUGUCACAAGUAUCUACUUUGCCGGUGUCAUGGUGCGUUUGAUGCUGGUGUUGGCACCAGUGAUGUGCAUCCUUUCAGGAAUUGGUCUCUCCUCCACACUAACCACAUACAUGAGAAAUUUAGAUUCUACACGCAAAGAGAAAAAAAUAAAGCGAUCAGAUUCAUCUUACCCACUGAGAAAUGAAAUUGCAUCUGGUGUUGUUUUAAUGAUAACCACCUUCUUGAUAAUGUAUACAUUCCACUGCACAUGGGUCACAUCUGAGGCUUAUUCCAGCCCUUCAAUUGUUCUCUCAGCUAGAGCUGGUGAUGGUGGAAGAAUUAUUUUUGACGAUUUUCGAGAAGCAUAUUAUUGGUUACGGCACAACACUCCAGAGGAUGCUAAAGUUAUGUCUUGGUGGGAUUACGGAUAUCAGAUAACAGCGAUGGCAAAUCGGACGAUAUUAGUGGACAAUAACACGUGGAAUAAUACGCACAUAUCCAGAGUGGGCCAGGCAAUGGCUUCACCAGAGGACAAAGCCUAUGAAAUAAUGCGUGAAUUAGAUGUAAAUUAUGUUUUGGUCAUUUUUGGUGGUUUGACUGGCUACUCUUCAGACGACAUCAACAAAUUUUUGUGGAUGGUUCGGAUUGGUGGCAGCACGGAGAGAGGUACUCAUAUCAAAGAAUCCGACUACUAUACGCCACAGGGAGAAUUCAGAAUUGAUAAAGAAGGCUCUCCAGUCCUUCUUAACUGCCUUAUGUACAAGAUGUGUUACUAUCAGUUUGGUUCUGUUUACACUGAAUCAGGAAAACCCACAGGUUAUGACAGGGUUCGCAAUGCUGAAAUUGGCAACAAAGAUUUUGAACUAGAUGUCUUAGAAGAGGCCUAUACCACUGAGCACUGGUUAGUUCGUAUCUACAAAGUGAAAGACCUUGAAAACCGCGGUGUAUAACGAUGCAAGUGAGCAAAAGUAAUGUUCUGUAGAGCAAGUCGCUAGCAUUCAUCUGCUGAAAGACAAAUCUAAGAAGUUCUUCAUUUCAUUUACAUCUCAGACAUAUCGCACAAUAUCAAACAAAUUCCUGAUGUUUUCAUUAAAGCUCUUCAGUUUAAAACUACAGACCUAA